GAGAAGAAAAGGCAGAAGAAAAACAAACAAAAAUCACGUUUCCUUCGUUUUCUCCGUUGGUCUUCUAGAUCUCAACCUCGAUCUCCAUCUCGAAUCUGCCCACCCUUUCCGAUUUGAUCCGAGUUUAUCAUCCUUUACGCCUUCGACGCGCUGAAUCUUCCCGACCAGCUUGGAUUCGGGGACAAUUCGCGCGGGCAGGGCAUUUCGAUCCAUCACGGAGGAGAUCCGUCGUAGGGUUUAGGCAAGCUGAAUCUGGUGGAUUUGGGGUCUGGUUAAAGUAGCAAAUCUGUAAGCGCAUAUGGAGCAGCUGAAGACGAUCGGACGGGAGUUGGCGAUGGGCUCCCAGGGCGGUGCAUGGGCUGGCCAGUCCAAGGAGUUCCUGGACCUGGUGAAGUCGAUCGGGGAGGCGCGCUCCAAGGCGGAGGAGGACCGCAUCAUUCUACUGGAGAUCGAGACCCUUCGACGCCGGAUCGCCGAGCCCGACGUCCCACGACGCAGGAUGAAGGAUUAUAUUAUUCGCCUCGUCUACGCCGAGAUGCUCGGCCAUGACGCCUCCUUUGGCUACAUCCACGCCGUUAAGAUGACCCACGACGACUCACUCGCUCUCAAGCGUACCGGCUACCUCGCCGUCACGCUCUUUCUCAGCGACGAUCAUGACCUCAUCAUCCUAAUUAUCAAUACCAUCCAGAAGGACCUCCGCUCCGAUAACUAUCUGAUCGUCUGCGCCGCCCUCACCGCCGCCUGCAAGCUCAUCAACGAGGAAACUAUCCCUGCUGUUCUUCCUCAGGUCGUCGACCUCCUUGCUCACCCAAAGGAGGCCGUCCGCAAGAAGGCCGUGAUGGCACUCCAUCGCUUCUACCAGCGCUCGCCCUCCUCCGUGUCCCACCUCAUUUCCAACUUCAGAAAGAAGCUGUGUGAUAAUGAUCCUGGAGUGAUGGGUGCAUCGCUUUAUCCUCUUUUUGAUUUCAUUACUGAAGAUGUAAAUUCAUAUAAGGAUCUUGUCACCAGCUUUGUUAGCGUCCUUAAGCAGGUAGCUGAAAGAAAGCUUCCAAAGACAUACGAUUAUCAUCAAAUGCCUGCUCCAUUUAUUCAGAUAAAACUGCUAAAGAUUCUUGCAUUGCUUGGUAGUGGUGAUAAGCAGACAAGUGGCCACAUUUAUAAUGUACUUAGUGACAUAUUCAGGAAAUGUGAAACAUCAAGCAACAUCGGGAAUGCUGUGCUGUAUGAAUGUAUAUGUUGUGUCUCAUCCAUCUACCCAAAUGCUAAAUUGAUGGAUUCUGCUAUUGAAGCCACUUCCAAGUUUCUGAAGAGUGAUAGUCAUAAUCUCAAAUACAUGGGCAUUGAUUCUCUUGGAAGACUUAUAAAAAUAAAUCCAGAUAUUGCUGAAGAACACCAACUUGCUGUAAUUGAUUGCUUAGAGGACCCUGACGACACCUUAAAGCGCAAGACAUUUGAAUUACUCUAUAAAAUGACAAAGUCCUCAAAUGUUGAAGUAAUAGUUGACCGUAUGAUUGAUUAUAUGAUAAGUAUCAAUGAUAAUCACUACAAAACAGAGAUUGCAUCACGCUGUGUGGCGCUUGCUGAACAAUUUGCACCAAGCAACCAAUGGUUUAUCCAAACCAUGAAUAAGGUCUUUGAGCAUGCAGGGGAUCUUGUAAAUGUUAGAGUGGCACAUAAUUUGAUGCGGCUAAUUUCUGAAGGAUUUGGAGAGGACGAUGAAGGCGCUGACAGUCAGCUCAGAUCCUCUGCAGUGGAUUCUUACUUGCGCAUUCUUGGCGAGCCAAAGCUCCCAUCUUUAUUUUUGCAGGUCAUAUGCUGGGUUCUUGGAGAGUAUGGAACUGCAGAUGGGAAAUACGCUGUUUCUUAUAUAAUUGGAAAGUUAUGUGAUGUUACUGAGGCCCAUCUAUGCAAUGAUACUGUCAAGGCUUAUGCAAUAUCAGCAAUCAUGAAGAUUUGUGCAUUUGAGAUUGCUGCAGGAAGAAAAGUGGAAAUGUUGCCUGAGUGUCAGUCCUUCAUUGAUGAACUAUCUGCAUCACAUUCAACAGACUUACAGCAACGUGCUUAUGAACUACAAGCAUUGUUGUCUUUAGAUAGUCAAGCGGUUGGAAGUGUCCUGCCACUAGAUGCAAGCUGUGAGGAUAUUGAGGUUGACAAAGAGCUUUCGUUCUUGAAUAAUUUUGUGCAACAAUCCAUUGAGAUGGGAGCAAAUCCAUACCUUCCGGAAAGUGAACAAUUAGGCAUGUCUGGUGUAAGCAACUUUAGAAGUCCAUACCAGCAAGAAGCUUCAAGCCAUACACUUAGAUUUGAAGCAUAUGAGCUUCCAAAGCCAUCUUCUAUACCUGUUAUUCCUCAAGCCUCUGUCUUGACUCAAACUAGGGAUCUUGUUCCAGUGCCUGGGACUACUUACUACAGAGAAAAUAACUUGGGUUCUAAGCUGCCUACUGGCCCUGAAGCCUCUUCUGCAGAUGUUGGAAUUAAGCUUCGCCUUGACGGUGUUCAGAAGAAGUGGGGUAAGCCUACAUAUUCAUCUUCUUCAUCCGGUGCUACCUCUGCAGAGAAGACAACAAAUGGGAUCGGGGCACAUCAGGAUGGUAUUAGGUCUCAGUCAAGAGAUACCGUGUAUGAUUCAAGGAGACAACAGCCUGAAGUUUCAGCAGAAAAACAAAGAUUAGCAGCCUCGCUUUUUAGUUCUUCGGCCAGUAAAACUGAAAAGAAACCAACAUCUGGCCAGAGGAUGCCCAAAGGGAGUGAUGCAAAUGCUGAGAAAUCCAGUGUGGCUAGAUCAGUCAGUCCUGGAAAUUCUGAGGUGAAAACUGCUGCUCCUGAUCUACUUGAUUUUGGGGAGCCAGUCCCAAUAAGUGCUCCAACUAUUGAUCCCUUCAAAGAGUUGGAAGGGCUUAUAGGACCAGCACAAGCAGUGAUUGAUAACUCUAUCACAACUAGUGGUGUCCAAGCACCUGAUCUGAUGGCGACGCUGUACAUGGAUACACCUCCAAGCGGAUCUAGGAGCAGUUCGUCCGGUUUGGUUUCUGAAGGCGUUUAUUCCACCGAUAAGGGUUCACACACUGCAAAACCCACACCGGCAGUAAAGAAGGGCCCAAAUCUUCAAGAUGCAUUGGGCAAGGAUGCAACCGUCAGGCAGGUAGGUGUGACACCAACCGGAAACAACCCCAACUUGUUCAGAGACUUGUUGGGCUGAAAAGUGCACAGUGAGCUUUUUGCUUGUUUGUUCAUAAUAUGGAUCUUGACAAGAACUCCUGUGGAUUCUUUCUCAUACAACGAGAGUGAAUCGAUGAUGUGCUUGCUUAGAUUUGCUUGACUUCAAGCCAUAGACGAGAACACAAGCUUCAAGGCGUAUUGAGUAAAUCUAAAUGUCAAUUCCUUCUCUUUUUUUCCCUCUUUUUUGAGGUGAAGAAAUAGGACUGUUCCUUAAACAAGGUGUAUAACAUGUUGGCCAAUUUGUAGAUGUACUUGGUUCUUUAUGUAGAGAAGAAAAGACACUUGGACUUGUGAGAAAAAGGGUGCCAUCAUUCAUCCAUUGGUUUGCGUUAAUGAGCUUCUUCUUCAA